AUGAAACAAAACUCCAAUGUUCCAGCCUUCCUCACCAAGCUUUGGACUCUUGUGGAGGAUUCUGAUACAAAUGAAUUUAUUUGUUGGAGUCAGGUAAAGUCAAUUGCCCCGCUGAGCGUACCAGCCUGGCAGAGCUAGCUAGCGAGUUAGCGCUAGCGCUGCAGGGUUUGAAACGAACUAGCCAUCUAGCUAUUUAUCAUCUGUGGCCUCAUAUACCCGAGUCAUAAUAUUUCUGCUUAAUCCUAGAUGCAGGUGUCAGUAGUAGGCUUCAAUAAGCAUCAUUUUGUUUUGCUACUGAUGUCAAAGACUAAUUUGCUAUUGUUGUCCCUGCUGGCUAAAGCUAGCAUAGUAGCCUCUCCGCUACAACCAUCCCCUCCCCCCAGAAGUUAACGUUAUAGAUAGCUAACGUUAUUUGAGUGAUCUGUUUGCAAGUUGGCUAGUGUCCUUAUAAGAGCACAUCAAUAAGCAUUCAAUCAGAAAAUAAAGCAAGAAGUCCAUGCACUGUUUAGUUCCUGAAAUGUAACACAAAUACAUUUCCUUUAGUUUAAGUAACGUUGUUGAUAUUGUAGUCUCCUAACUAUAAUAAUGUUUCGUUUUCUAGGAGGGUAACAGUUUCCUCGUCAUGAACGAACAGCGAUUUGCCAAGGAGAUUCUUCCCAAGUUCUUCAAACACAACAACAUGGCCAGCUUUGUCAGACAGCUGAAUAUGUGUAAGUCAGCUAUUCUAUAAACAUAGCUGCUCAGCUGUUAUAUUGGAAUGCCCCCUGUGCAGCUGUCUAAUGGGUGGUCUCUCUGCAGAUGGAUUUCGCAAAGUGAUGCACAUCGACACAGGCAUAGUGAAGCAAGAGCGUGAUGGACCAAUUGAAUUCCAGCAUCCUUAUUUUAAACAUGGGCAGGAUGACUUGCUGGAAAACAUCAAAAGAAAAGUAAGACCAUCAUGGGAAACAAAUAUAUAAUGGGAAACACAUAAAUGACCUAUAUCAGUAAGUAGUCAAACUGAAUAAGGUAGAGGUUUAAUGGGCACAUUUUUUUCAGGUUUCCAAUGCAAGACCAGAGGAUACUAAGAUCAAACAAGAAGACCUGUCCAAUAUUUUGGCCAGUGUUCAGAAUGUUCACGGAAAACAAGAAAGCAUUGAUUCCCGACUCAACACACUGAAAAGGUACGCAAACUACCAUGCCUUGGCAAUUAAAUGGUGGUAAGAAAGUAGUAGUGAUGUGUUGGUUUGGAGAUGGUACUAUGCUGAUGCUUGAAUUUCUGUUUACAGAGAUAAUGAAGGUCUAUGGAGGGAAAUAUCAGACCUGAGACAGAAGCACUCCCAACAGCAGCAAAUCAUUAAGAAGGUGCAGUAAAACAUUCUUCAUCCAGAAUUACUUCACAUAUUCAGUGGAAAUGGAAUUGGAAACAAUUUUCUCACAAUAAAACAGCUUAACCAUUGAAUGCAUAAUUGGCCUUUAGGCUAUAAAAGUUUAAUCUAACUUUGCUUGUUGUGGUCUUUAUUCAUUGCAGUUGAUACAAUUCAUUGUCACAUUCGUACAAAAGAACCGGAUUAUGGGUUUAAAACGCAAACGGUAAGCCUUCAUAGUAUAGCAAUUCUUCCACCGAAUGACAAUUUCGAUUACGAAACAUUAUUAAUACAUUUUACUUCUCAAUCUCCAUUUUGCAGGCCUAUUCUACUGAACAACAAUGGAAAGAAGCCUAAAUACAUCCAUGAAAUCUACGAUGAACCUCCUCUGGAGCACAACAAAGUAUGUGUAGAGGUCUGAAGGGAUUUACCUCCUUAUGUAAGGUGUACAUGGGGGUGUCCAUCCAUUCAGACAUCACACUAAUGAUACUAGCAAAUACACUAGAUAGAUAUUUUUCUGGACAAGAUUGAGGCAGGAUCAUUGCCCAGAAAAAUGGCUUAAAUUGUGAGAGUCAAUGAAACUUGACAUUGUCAUGGGGGGAAUUUUCCAUAAUAUGAGUUUAUAAUGUUAUUUCAAGAGUCUGUUUUUUCAAUGGAAACUAUUCUAAAGAUGUAUAUUCUGACUCCUCUCCCAGCCCUCUGUCAGUGGUUUGAAGAACGCUGAUCUUAUUGAUGAUGUUGUCAUCUGUGACAUAACUGACGACGAUACAGAGAUCACAGAGGGCCCCUCAAUAUUGGAUCAAUCGUAAGUCAACAUCUACAUUUUUGUUUCAUGUAUAUUUCCAUCUGUGCCAUCAUCUAUCCUCAUGCCUGUUCUCCUCUCCUUUAUUCUUAGGGAUGUAGAAAUAGUUGAGGUCUUCGACAGCAAUACUGUGUCACAGACAGACGGCUCUGACAAUACAGGACAGACCAACUCUUUGGUAUUCGAACCAGAAGAGACCACCAUAAGCACAUAUGAUAGCCUUCCAACCAGCAGCGUCUUGCAGCUCAACAAACCAUCAGGCUUGAGCCUGGAGGAUCCCAUGAAGAUGAUGGACUCAAUCCUCAAUGAGAGUGGAGCUAUUUCUCAGAAUAUCAACCUCCUCGGCAAGUAAGUAGACUUGACUUGCUUUACCUUCGUGGUCCGUAGUUCCUGAAGAACUCGAAAAGGCUCUCUCACAAUAUGUCCCAUAUUACUGGGUAGCAUUUUUGCAUUACUGAAGAUAUAUAGGCCUAUUGAAUUAUUGUUUCAGCUUGCAGUUAAUAAGAAGCAUCCAUGUUUUAACAGGGUUGAGCUGAUGGACUACUUGGACAGCAUUGACUGCAGUUUGGAAGACUUUCAGGCUAUGUUGUACGGGAAGCAGUUCAGCAUUGAUCCAGAUAUUUUAGAGGUAUGCUUUUCAUUUUUAAAUGUAACCGGGAAGUUGAUAGGCCCCAGAGGUUUAUGUUAAUGACAUUUCAUAGAAAGUGUUGUUUUUAUUCAGUUCUAUGUUUCUCUUCAGUCUUUCAGUUCAAAUUGCAUGAUUUCAGCAUCUGCACAGUUUAAGUGAGUCCUGUCAAACAGGCAGUACACAAAUCUACAGUGAGGCUACUCAUAUCUGUUUACCUGGUUCCCCCUCUUUACUCAACAUCAAGUCUUCCUGUCUGAAUUGUCCUUUUUAUUUGUGUUACUGAAUUCAUUUCACUCAAUUAUGUAAUCUUCAGGAGAGUGGUGGUUCCAAAGGAAAUGCAGGGCUACUAUCCAAAGGAGGCAAGUCUGGCAUCUCUGCAGAUAAGCAGCUGGUCCAGUACACGUCCUGCCCUCUGCUGGCCUUCCUCGAUGGCUGCACCCCUUUGGCCCCAGAGCCAGACAGCAGCACAGCCACAGAGCUGGGAGACAGCCUGCUGCAGCCCAGCACUGAGGUACCCACAGACCUCCUGGAGCCAGAUGAGGAGCCUAGACGGAGCUCCCUGAUCCGCCUGGAGCCCCUGACUGAGGCAGAGGCCACGCUUUUCUACCUGUGUGAACUCAAUCCAGAGGGGGGCACCACUGACUCGACACAGCUGGAGAUUUAA